GGUUUGUUCCUUCUUGGAAACACAAUACGCUGCUGUGUGGGUAAUCCACAUAUAUUCUGUUUUGCAAUGAAUCAAGCGUUCUUUUUCUGGAUUUUCAUUACUCUCUUAUUCUCAGCUAUUUACUUGUUGACAUUACCUCCAAAAAAGGAGGAUGAUGAAAAGAAGCCAGAAGAACGUGAGGUAACGCUUUUUAAAUGA